UCAGAAAUGAUUUAUAUUUUCACAACAAAGCCGAUUGGUCUCAUUAUCCCCCGACAUGACGGGGCAUAUCCCAGACAAUACUUUACUGUCCGUUACAAGGUUCACAUUUGGAUAGUUCCGACAGACUGGGAUCAUGCGGGACUACGACAGCAGCGUGGCCUUCCUGGGAACGUGGGGUCGCUUCCAGCUCAUGGUUUUCUUCCUGCUCUGCUCCACCAUUUUGCCAAACGGAACAGGCUCCUUCUCACUGGUGUUCAUCACUGACACACCACAGCACCGAUGCCAGAUCCCUGACGCCAACCUCAGUCACGAGUGGCAGCAGGCAGCAGUUCCACUGAAGGUGGUGGACGGGGAGCUGCAACCAAAUGGCUGCCGCCGCUACCGAUUGGACCUGCUCCGCAACUUUUCAGCCAAUGGGUUGCUGCCCGGUCGUGACGUCAACCUGAGCAGCCUGGAGCAGGAGGACUGCGCCGACGGGUGGGUGUAUAGCACCGACGUCUACCAGUCCACUGUGGUCUCCCAGUUUGACUUGGUGUGCAGUCAGCAUUGGAAGCAACCCUUGACUGCUACCAUUUUCUUCCUGGGGGUCUUGGUGGGAUCUUUUUUCUCCGGAGUGCUUGCUGACAGAUUUGGCCGUAAACCGGUGCUGUUCGCCACCUUGAUCAUUCAGGCCGUGUUCUCAUUGGCCCAGAUUGCUGCUCCAUCUUGGGAGGUGUUCUGCUUGCUCCUCUUCUGCAGUGGCCUCGGCAAUAUCUCCAACUACGUGUCUUGCUAUGUGUUGGGCACCGAAAUCCUCACGGGCAAUGCUCGGGUUGCUUACGCGUCAACGGGCGUGUGUUUGGGCUUCGCCUUUGGCUACAUGACGCUGCCACUUUUUGCCUACUUUCUCCGGAGCUGGAAGACGUUGACGCUGGCCAUCGCACUGCCCGGCUUCUUCUACAUCCCCCUGUGGUGGAUCCUCCCAGAGUCUCCCAUGUGGCUUCUGUCUCAAGGUCGAGUGACAGAAGCCGAGGCCAUCGUGAGAAAAGCCGCCAAGAUGAACCGAGUGGUCGCACCGGAGAAAAUCUUUCUCAAUUCCAUGUCGCACUCAGAAGAGUGGCCCGUAGAGCGCUACAAUGUUUUGGACCUGUUGAAGAACAGAAGCGUCGCCAUUACGACCAUCCUUCUCUGUUGGGUGUGGUUCGCGCUGAGCGUCUGCUACUACGGCCUGUCCCUGAACACGUCGCAGCUCCACUCGGAUCCGUACAUCAGCUGCUUCCUGUCCGCCGUGGUGGAGGUGCCGGCCUACGCCAGCUGCAGCCUGGCCAUCCGAUACCUGCCCCGUCGCCUGGCUGUGGUGGCCGUCUUUAUCACCAUGGGCCUGGCGCUCUUUUCCAUCCAGCUGGUGCCCCCGAGUAUUCUGGGUUUGGCCGUGGCCCUGGAGAUGUUGGGGAAGUUUGGCGCCACGGCGGGAACGUCGCUGCUGUUUGCCUUCACGGCCGAGCUGUACCCGACGGGUCUUAGGAACACGGCGUCAGGGAUCUGCGUGAUGGUGUCGCGAACAGGAAGCUGCAUUGCACCCUUUGUCGUACAGCUGAACAUCUUUUUCAAGUAUCUGCCGUAUAUCACCUUGGGCGCUCUGGCCAUGCUGUCCAUCCUGGCCACCAUCUUCUUGCCAGAGAGUUUUAGGAGCCCGCUUCCCGAGAGCCUUGAACAGAUGCAGAAGAGGAAAAGCGUAACCUGUCCGUCCGUCUUCAGACGAAAGAUCUCCAAAUCCGUGGUCGUCGAGAGCCCACUGUGAGCCCCAUUGCAAAAAGCGGCAGGGUCAUGCGGCCAACAGCGAAGCCGAGACACACGCCCGAAGAUGAAGCUCAACGAUGGACAGCAGUGUCCCCCGAUAUCACUUUGUGAUCUGAUCAAAGUGUUUGUAACCUGGACAUCAUUGGGAAAAAUAUCCUAUGCAAAUGUGGCUACCAUGAGGUGACUUCUACAUUCAUAGGCUAGUCCUCUAAUUUUUCAUUCCCCCCACCCAUCAGCCAUUGUAUUUUUUCACAUCCUUACAUUAUUAAACAACAUUCAUGCAA